GAAUGCGAGUGGCUUGCUUAACUUACACACACUUGAGACACUCUGCACAUUUCAGAGGCACUGAAGGGCAUUUCACACUCCUUAAGUAUAUUCCGUUACGUGAAAACGCUCGGGCUCCGUGUAACAAUGGAGGCAUAUUUACGGAGCUGUCGCUAUGUGCUUAAGGGUUGUAGUAAGAACAGCCCAGGGCUGCAUGUCAUAAUGGGAAAUGAGGCUUGUGAUAUGGACUCCAUGGUAUCAGCCCUGACCUUCGCCUACUUUCUUUCAAAGAGUCUUGAUUGUAAGAGGAUGCCGGUCCCUGUGCUCAACAUCCCACGGGCUGAGUUCCCCUUGCGCUCUGACAGCACCUUUCUGCUGAGAGAGUCCGGUCUGUCGCAGGACUGCCUGCUGUUCAGGGACGAGGUGGACCUCCAUGGCCUGCACAAGAACAAACAGCUGACACUGACACUGGUCGACCACAAUGUUCUGCCCAGUGCUGACAGUGAGCUGGAGGACGAUGUCGUGGAAGUGAUUGACCAUCACCUCCUACAGAGGCCCACAUCCCCUUCCUGUCCCAUCACUGUGGAGCCCGUGGGCUCUUGUGCCACCUUGGUGACUGAGCGCAUUGCCCAAAAAGCACCUGAGGUGCUCGACCAUCAAGUGGCGCAGCUUUUAUACGGUACCAUUAUUCUAGAUUGUGUUAACAUGGCACCUGAAGCAGGUAAAGUCACCCCUAAGGACAGCCAGUACGCUGUCUUUUUGGAGAAACGCUUUCCAAAACUGCCUCAGAGGGGCGCUCUCUUUCAGUCACUACAGAAUGCCAAGUUUGAUGUGUCCGGCCUCUCUACAGAACAGAUGCUGGUGAAGGACAUGAAAGCAGCAUCUGGUGGAGAUCUAAAAGUGGCUGUCAGUGUCAUUUAUAUGACACUAGAGGCUUUUCUUCAGAGGCGAGGACUACAGCAGGACCUCUGUGAGUUCUGCCACAAUCACAACUACAACCUGGUGCUUGCCAUGACAAUCUCUUUCAUUGACAACAAGGAGCCCCUCCGUCAGCUAGCCGUCUACAGCUCCAGCACUGUCUACAGAGAAGAGAUGAGUAAAGCACUAGAAAAAGCCAAAAACCCCAGUCUCGACCUUAAGCCAGUGAGCAGUCCAUAUCCAGAUGUGAAGGCCUUUAUACAGGGUAACACAUUAGCAUCCCGCAAGAAAGUAAUGCCCAUAAUCACAGACUUCCUGAAGGAGAGGGAAAGAAAAGUGUAUCAAAGUGGGAACAUAGAGGACCUAGAUCUGGACGAUGAUUCCAAUCUGGACCAGAGUGACUCACAACAAUGUCCUGAGGAUACUGGGAUGGAGGACGAUGUCCAGUUUCCUCCAACGCCAAUGAACAGUCUUGUCGAGGGUUGUCCCUUGGACAAUGGCCUACCAAAAAUCAGUCCUGAGGUUUUGGUGGAGAAAGUUAGCAAGAUGGCCAGCAUGGAGGACACGUCGUCUGAGGGACAGUGAUGAGAAUCUAUUAUCCAAGAGAGUCUUGAAUAAGAGCUGGAGAAAGAAAGUCCUUCUGCAUCUUCAAGAGGAUGAAGUUCAUAUCCAACAGUGCUGCAUCAGGGCUUGAGACUGAAAUGGCACUUUUUAGACCUGGUUAACUCACAAAGGUACGAUACAGUCUGAAGACACCAUUCUGUUGACUUUCUAAGGACUGGUACAUGAUCAUUCAAAUGGAGCAUUAUAAAAAUGCAUUUAUAUAUAAAAUGUUUAAAGUUUGACUAUCGCUAAAAAAAAAUUCAGGUUUAGGCUGUUUAUUCAUUGUUCGUAGUCAUAUUCAUAUUUGAUCUGCUAAAUUAAUCAGAAGUGUCUCAUUAAGCCAUUUAAAAAUAUUAUCUAAAAUUGACAAUAAGCACCCAGUGCUAGCUUGCAACUGACAAUUAAUAGAAUAAACUAAUUCAGAAUGAAUUUCCAAUAUUAUCUAUCCAAUUAAUUAUAACGUGGUAUAGCUAUCAUUGCUUUUGAUACAAAUAACAUACUUAAUUCUUGUUAAGUAGUAUUAAUUACUUGUGUUAAUUAAGAAGUUAUUUUCAGCUUGUCUGCAGAUCAUGUCUGUGGCAUGGCAUUGAUCCCCCAGAAAAUCCUUUCUCCCUUGAUUUACAAAACUGAAUGGAAAAUGCAUCCUAGUCAUGAUUUCAAUUCAACCUUGAAACAAUACUAGAGUUGCAUAUUUACAUUUAUCCAUUUACAAAUUAUAUAUUAUUUUUAUUUGUCUGCAAACAGUGCAAGUAUAUCAGCAUUUACGCAGUUCCUGUUGGGAUGAGUCAAAAUGAUUGUGUGGUAAUUGGAAGCGUGCCAAAGAUGUAAUCCGUACAGUAAACCUUAAAUUGAUCACGUUAUGUCAUUUUAUCUCACACACCAUUAAAUGUAAGUGAAGAUGAACAUUCUUUGGAUUAGUACAUCUGUCAUGAUUCCCCAGUAAUAUUGUAAAGGAGUUAUUGUUGGUACCCUUCUGUGGCCUUUUGCAUGAUCUAGGUGUUAACUGACCUGCUCCAGAUUAGAUUAGAGUCACGGCACCUGCAUUUUAGUCAAUGAGAUUUUACCAUUAACUACCAAAGACCUCAGUUGUAUUUGUGUGUUCGGCAUGAUAAACAUUUCAGCAUUUGAGAUUUAAAACUUUAGUAUUCUGUUUGUUUGUUUGUUAUGUUAAGUAAUUUAUUUGAUGAUUUGAUGACUAUUGGGUACAUUAGGGUUGAAAAUUUGGUUUGUUCAGCCAGAAGCUUAUUAGCAGAUUCAAUCAUACUAGACUAUCAACUUUAAUCCCUGUAAUUAUAAUAUUCAUUAUAUUGAUAAAUACAAAAGCUCAAUCCAAGGCAUUUUAAAGACCUAACUGGACAAAUCUUAUAUAAUGACAU